AUGGGGCGAGAAGAGCAAGUAGAAGAGCGCGAGGUCUUGGACUCCAUCUUCCCGGAAGAGAUCACAGAUAUAUCAGAAACAGAAUACCGCAUAUCGAUCCUCCUCGAGUUGCCGCCCGAUGAAGUAGACAAGGCCGAUCCGCCGACACUGAUCCUGCACGUGCGCUACCCGGACGAGUACCCGGACGAGGCGCCGCACCUGGACCUGUCGCCGCCGCAGAACGCGGCCGUACACCCACACUUCUCGGUGGCGGCGGACCGGGAGGCGCUGCUGGCGGGGCUGGACGAGACGGUCCAGGAGAACCUGGGCAUGGCCAUGAUCUUCACUGUCGUCACGACGCUCAAGGAGAACGCCGAGCAGCUGAUCAUCGACCGCCGCGCCGUCGCCGAGCGCCAGCGCGAGGAGGUGCUCCUGGCCGCCGAGCGUGAGGAGAACAAGAAGUUCCACGGCACGCCCGUCACUCCCGAGACCUUUGUCCAGUGGCGCGACGGCUUCGUCAAGGAGAUGGAGGAGGAGAGUGCCAAGCUCGAGGAGGAGAGGCUGGCCGACCUCAAGAAGGCCAGGGUCAAGGAGGAGAAGCGCCUGACCGGGAGACAACUCUGGGAGUCCGGCAUGGUAGGCAAAGUUGAUGAGGGUGACGAAGAAGACGGCGCUGGUGGCCUGGCGGAUGGUGUGGAGGCGUUGAAGGUUGCAGCUUGA